AUGGGCAAGAAGCUGGAGCAGCUGACCCGCGGGGAGAGCAAGGAGCACAUCCACUUCCCGCUGGGCUCCACGCGCACCCGCCGGAGGAACUGGCGGCCCAACAAAGACGCGGAGACGCCGACGUCGGGCGCUAAGGACGCCGCCCCCACCGGCGCCCGCCAGCCGCGCCGGGCCAAGGUGGACCGCGUGGAGAGCAUCCGCAACCUGUUCCGGCGGUCCCGCAGCUGGGACUCGGCGAAGGACCUGGAGGACCUCCCGCCGGCGCCGCGGGUGGCCAAGGCGGCGCCCGAAGCGAGCCCCGCCGGCGGCAGCCCGAAGAGCGCCGCGGCGGACGACCCCGACAAUGUGUACGAGUCGCUCAAGGACAUGGACCGCGAACCAGUGAGUGCGAAGGGGACGGUGCUGUUCAGGAGCGCCUCCACGUCCCACCUGCCGGCGCUGGAGGCGGGCAUGGACGUGCUGGGCAGAGGGGAGGGCGAGUGCGAAAAGGCGAACGACAGAGCGACCAAGAAAGGGCAGUUUCCGUAUGCGUUUCUCAGAUCCAGACUUACCUCGGUCGCGGAGGAACAAGCGACCGCCAGGGAAGAGUGUGGUGACAGCGGGCGUGGCACCGGCAGCCACUGCGGCAGCAUAUCCGACGUCAGAACCUCCUACUCGGAGACGUCGGACUCCAAGUCGUCCUUUUCGGAAAACUCGGACACGAAGUCGUCUUGCUCCGAUUCGUCGGAAAACACGAAGUGGACUCGCGAGGAGGAGGAGGAGGAGGAGCUGGAGGAGAGAGGCAGCGGGGGCCGCAGGGAGGGCGAGGGGCAGGGCGACGCCGCCCCCAGGGACAUCAUCUCGCCCAUCCCGGCGCCCACAGGCUUCGGCGACGGGGACUUCGUGGUGACCGUGCGCGUGAAGGGCUCGGCCGCCGACGAGGGGAGGUCCUCGGUGUACAUCAAGCCCGAGGGAAGUCGCGCCGCGAGGAAGCUCAGCUCGGACCUCGGGGCGGCGCCGCAGGGCUCGGAGAAGAAGGUGGGCGGCGGCAAGGGCGGCGGAGGGCGCCCUCUGCUGACGGACGAGGAGAAGCUCCGGGCGCGGACGGGCGAGUGCUGCCAGCACUGCCACUGCGGCGACGGGCCGCACCCGCCCAUCAGACGCCGCCCGCGCUCGCAGCCGCGGCUCUACGCCCGCAUGAGCUACCCGGCCUCCUCGACCUCGUCCGACGGUCUGUACGAGGCCAUCUACCCCGAGGACGCGCACUCGAAGCGCGCGUCGCUCGACCUGGAGCGCCUCGACCGCCUCGACAGGCUCAACCGCAUCGACCGCUUCGAGCGCGACGACCGCGGCCUCGAGACCGCCUACGACCAGCGGCGCCGCUACUCGCGCUCGGCCUCGCUGGACCGCGCCGAGUCGUGGCGGUGGCGGGACGCGAUGGCGGCCGAGGACGUCGACGCCGACUCCCUGUACGGCGACGCGCCCGCGUACCGGCGGCGGGCCCCUCCCUGCCGCGCCCCCACGCCCCGCCCGCCAGCUGCCGCAGCCGCCCUCACCAAACAAGACCUUCCGCCUGAUCCGCCUCGUGAAGGACGACGGCGACGAGGGCCUCGGACUCUACAUCCUCGGCCAGCGCGCCCUCGCUACGUCAUCGCCCACAUCCUCCCCGGCGGACUCACCGACAGAGACGGCAGACUGCGCGUGGGAGACGAGAUCAUCAACGUCAAUGGUCGACGUCUGCGCGGCGUCACCCUAGAGGAAGCGCGUCGCAUUCUGCGGCAUACGCCCGCGGAGGUGGACGUCGUUGUGGCUCGGGACCCCGACGCCCCCGCCCACGAGUCCCUCUACUCGGACCUGGACGUGACCUCCAUGGCCAGCGGGCGAGUGGACUCCCGGGUGGAGACGCGCGUGGACUCGAGGGUGGACAGCGUGGCCGACGACGACGACGCCUCCCUGGACGCCCUGCAUCAUCCGCACCAUCACUACCACUCGCACGCCUUCCACCACGGCUGCCACCACGACCACGCCCACAGAGAAGAGGAGGACGAGGAGGACGAGGAAGACGAGGACUUCGAGAGAGACGAGCCUCGAGAAGACGAUCCUCUCAACAUGCGAGGCUUGGGUCGCCACCUGGAGUCCUGCCGCAGCCACCGGGGUUGCCACCGCGAUCUCCCCGAGCUCCCGGCCACCGUCGGCGGCGCCCGCGAGCUUCCCGAGGACCCAGGCAGCGCGCGCGACUUCCACCACUGCUGCGAGCACGAGGCGAGGACGUACAACUCGUGUGACUCGCGAGGAGCCACCAGGGAGCCAAGGGACCCCAGAAAGCGACGGCGGCUGGACUCGCUCCGAGAGGAGGGCGUCGUCACGGCCGUCAUGGUCCGCACCGUGUCAGACUCGUCGUCAGCAGGAGAAGAAGAGCCUCGCCGGCUGUUACCUCUCCUUGAGGACGGCGUUUUCGACGAGCGGCCGUCGUCGCAGGCCUCGCAGGUCUCGGCCAGGACAGUCGCUUCCAUGGCGUCUGUCGCGUCUGUUCAUGGCACUGGCCUCACUGCCAUGUCCAGACAGGUAUCCCAGAGGUCACACAGGCCGUCAUCCACAUCUACACUGCCACGAAGGCCAAAGUCCCUCAACCUCUCCUUCCACACAGUUGUCUUUGAAAAGGGCCAUGGCAAGAAGGGGCUUGGAUUCUCCAUUGUAGGAGGAAGGGACUCUCCGAAAGGAAACAUUGGUAUCUUCGUAAAGACAAUCUUCCCAAGUGGUCAAGCAGCGGAAGAAGGAACACUUAAAGAAGGGGAUGAGAUUUUUGCUGUGAAUGGAGAGAGCUUGGCAGGGGCAAGUCAUGCAGAAGCCAUUGCCAUGUUCAAAGCCAUCCGCACCGGCAAAGUCGUGCUACAUGUGGGCCGUCGUGCAACUUCAAAGAAAAGAGCCCACAAGACUAAGUCUUUUGAUGACCUUGAUAAAUUUGAAGAAUGAGGAUGAACUGCCUGAGGAUUUGACGACGUACCAGAUGAUAGGUGUAGCUGAAGGGAUGAAUGCAAAUUUUUUGAUAGGCUGUAUAAAUGUGUCCUAGUUAUAUAUAUAUAUAAAAAUAUCACCAGUUUAAUCAUAAAUGUAUUCCCAAACAGGAAUGCAAUAAGCCAAAGAAAUCAGACAGGUAACUGUAAUGUCAUGUUGAUUACAAUUGCAUAAAGCUAUAAUUAAGUGCUGUAAAUGUUUGACUCAUAAUAAGUUUGUACAGAUAAGAAAUAUUAUCCAUAAGCCGUAAUUAUUCAGAGAUAUAUCAAUGUUCUAUGAUGAGGGUUGUCCUGUUCUUGCUUUUGAGAAAAAAAAUGGCAUCCCACACCAGAGGUAAUUAUUAGAAUGUAGGAACAAGUGAAACAAAAAAUUAAACUUACAUAUUUAUUUCUAUAGUAUAUUUGCUUGUCUUCAUAAUUUGUACCAUGUAAAUAACUAUGCCUCAUGAGCCAGCAAACUAAUAUUUACACCUGCUGUUGAUGAAAUCUCUAAGAUCAGUACUGCUCUUGUCAUCAUUGUGUAAAUACUAUGUAUCAUUUAAAAAUAUGUAGAAAUGUGAUAUACAUUUUCAUCCUUACAACUGCACAUUGUAUGGAUAGUAAACAGCUUUAAUAAAAGUGACUUUUAUUGGUACCUGUUACUUCUUAGACCGGGAAGGACAUGAGUUUAAUGCAAGUGUUCAUUCAGAUAUAUAUGACUAUCUGGCAUGUGGCAAAUGAACAAAAAAUUCCAUGAUAAUAAAGAGACUUUUACUCUAUAAUAAGUACUACCAAUAGGAAAAGAGAGUGAAGAGAUAAAUAUAAUAAGUACUAAGACUAAAAGCAAAGAUAAAAAAGAAAGAAAUAUAUAUUAAUAUAAUUAUGAAUAUUUGUUUGAAUAUUUGAUUAUGUUUGAACAACAUACUUUCACGAGACAAGUCUAUCCAGUCAGAUUCAAAACAAUCCAACCAUCUAGGUGUUUUCCCGAACUGUGAUUUACUUAUAACAGAUAAUGUAAAAAUGUAUCACACUUUCCAUAAAGGUUCUACAUAUAUAUAUAUUACAUAAAUACUGACUUCUGAAUACUUUACAGAAAAAAAUCAGUAUAUUGCAUCACAAUAUUUAAAGUAAUUUUCUCCAUAGGUAUGAAACCUUUGUAACUUAUGGAGAUGAAACUAAAAAAUACCAAACCAUAUUGCAAACUUACCAUUAAACUUGACUUUCUAUGGUGAAUUAUGAUUAUAUUUCAUGACCGACUGCUUUAAUGACUGUAACGAUAAGUGUCUUUAAUGAUGACGAUUUACUUUAUCACUUAGUACUUUUUAACAGGGCAUAGAUUUAAGUGAAUAAAUUAACUAUAAAAAAAAAAAAAAAAAAAA